AUGGCGGCUAUGUUGUUUUGCCUGUCUCCAGGCGCAGUUCCGUUUCCUUCGUUUUCAUGCAAGUCCGUUGUCGUGGCGCAGUGCUUUGGUGGGAGGCUCCCGACACUGCCCUUGCCGACGGCCCUGCUGCAGGCCCUGCUGGGAACCACAGGGAGCGCGAGCGGUGGCUUUGGCGUUGCAGCCGAGGCCUUUCCAGAGCUCCCCUCUGCUUUCGGGCGUCGCCCAUGUCGUUCACCCUUGAUGCCUAAGGGCUCCGAGGACCCAAGCAAGCUCAGAGCUGAAGAUGGAAGUCUGGCAGAAGUGUCGCAGCAACGGCUCGAAGCUCCUGUCAGCGUUGGGGACGCGUUGGGUUUCAGGGCUUCUCAU